AUGGUAUCGGUUCGUGCGGCUAUGCUGGCUUCCGUGGUGCUGCUAGUCGGUGCAACCCUCAGCGGGACUUCGGCUGAAGAUUCCUGGAGUGAGAUGAUUCAGGACGAUACUGGCGGCCAAAAGGCUUCGGACACUCCAACUUACGAGGCUGGCAAAGAAGGCGGUGACGACAAAGAGGGCGGCGACGACAAGAAAGAGGGCGGCGACGACAAGAAAGAGGGCGGCGACGACAAGAAAGAGGGCGGCGACGACAAAGAGGGCGGCGACGACAAAGAGGGCGGCGACGACAAAGAGGGCGAGGGAGGUGACGAUAAGAAAAGCAGCGGCGGUGGUGGCAAAGAGGGGUUCAAUGAUCUCGAAGCCAGCACACCAUCAACUGGUGGAGGGGGCAGCAAACCAUCUACCGGCGGAGGAAAAGUGCCCGAUGGGACGUGGCCCAAGAGCACGGGAACUGUUCAGCUCAAGGCACCGCAAGUCAUCAAGGCUGGCGAGGACUUUGAUGGAAAGAUGCAGACGUUCGAGCGAUCGGAUGUCACGUGCCAGGACCAGAAGGAGAGCGGAUCGGACACCGCUGUUUUCCUUGUCGAAGCUGGUGGCACGCUCCGAAAUGCCAUCAUCGGCAAGAACCAAAUGGAGGGUGUUCACUGCGAUAAACAUGACUGCGUGAUCGACAACGUUUGGUGGGAUGACGUCUGCGAGGAUGCGCUCACUAUCAAAGGUGGCACCGCGUCCAGUGUUACAACGGUCAUAGGUGGUGGCGCUCGGCUGGCCGAUGACAAGGUCAUCCAGCACAACGGCCUCGGUACUGUCAAGAUCGACGGUUUUUACGGAGAAGACAUCUCCAAGCUCUACCGCUCGUGUGGCACUUGCGGUGACAAGGUGCGAAAGGUGGAGGUCUCGAAUGUGUACGUCGUGGAUCUGCAGAAUGCCAUCGUGACGGUGAACAAGAACUACAAGGACGAGGCCACGCUGAGCAACAUUUGGGUCACGUCGAAGAAGGACAAGGCGAAGAUCUGUCAGUGGUCGGAGGGCACCGAUGGCGGUGAUCCUAAGAUGUUGGGCGAUGGACCGUCGCCCCCGCUCUGUCAGUACACGGAGAGCGACGUGCACAUCAACAAAGGCGCACCUUCAGGUGGAAGCUCGAAACCGAGCAAAAGCUCAUCACCGUCUGCGUCCUCGGGUGGUGACAGUGUUGAGCAAGAAGCUGGCGUCGUGUCCCCUGGUGGCGGCGACGACGAAAAAAAAGGUGGGGAGGACGAAGGUGCGGACGAGGGUAAUGUCGUUGAUCAAAGCGAAACCGAGGACAAAAACAAAGGUGAUGACAAAGAGGGUGGUGAAGACAAAGAGGGUGGUGAAGACAAAGAGGGCGGUGACGACAAGAAAGAGGGCGGUGACGACAAAGAGGGCGGCGACGACAAAGAGGGCGGUGAAGACAAAGAGGGCGGCGACGACAAAGAGGGCGGUGAAGACAAAGAGGGCGGUGGAGACAAGAAAGAGGGCGGCGACGACAAGAAAGAGGGCGGCGACGACAAGAAAGAGGGCGGUGACGACAAGAAAGAGGGCGGAGGAGACAAGAAAGAGGGCGACGACAAAGAGGGCGACGACAAAGAGGGCGGUGACGACAAAGAGGGCGGUGACGACAAGAAAGAGGGAGGUGACGAUAAGAAAAGCAGCGGCGGUGGUGGCAAAGAGGGGUUCAACGAUCUCGAAGCCAGCACACCAUCAACUGGUGGAGGGGGCAGCAAACCAUCUACCGGCGGAGGAAAAGUGCCCGAUGGGACGUGGCCCAAGAGCACGGGAACUGUUCAGCUCAAGGCACCGCAAGUCAUCAAGGCUGGCGAGGACUUUGAUGGAAAGAUGCAGACGUUCGAGCGAUCGGAUGUCACGUGCCAGGACCAGAAGGAGAGCGGAUCGGACACCGCUGUUUUCCUUGUCGAAGCUGGUGGCACGCUCCGAAAUGCCAUCAUCGGCAAGAACCAAAUGGAGGGUGUUCACUGCGAUAAACAUGACUGCGUGAUUGACAACGUUUGGUGGGAUGACGUCUGCGAGGAUGCGCUCACUAUCAAAGGUGGCACCGCGUCCAGUGUUACAACGGUCAUAGGUGGUGGCGCUCGGCUGGCCGAUGACAAGGUCAUCCAGCACAACGGCCUUGGUACUGUCAAGAUCGACGGUUUUUACGGAGCAGACAUCUCCAAGCUCUACCGCUCGUGUGGCACUUGCGGUGACAAGGUGCGAAAGGUGGAGGUCUCGAAUGUGUACGUCGUGGAUCUGCAGAAUGCCAUCGUGACGGUGAACAAGAACUACAAGGACGAGGCCACGCUGAGCAACAUUUGGGUCACGUCGAAGAAGGACAAGGCGAAGAUCUGUCAGUGGUCGGAGGGCACCGAUGGCGGUGAUCCUAAGAUGUUGGGCGAUGGACCGUCGCCCCCGCUCUGUCAGUACACGGAGAGCGACGUGCACAUCAACAAAGGCGCACCUUCAGGUGGAAGCUCGAAACCGAGCAAAAGCUCAUCACCGUCUGCGUCCUCGGGUGGUGACAGUGUUGAGCAAGAAGCUGGCGUCGUGUCUCCUGGUAGCGGCGGCGACGGUGAAGACAACAAGAGCAAAGGAGGAGGUGAUGAAGGUGAAGACAAGGGAGACGAAAAGAAGGACAAGGGAGACGAAAAGAAGGACGAGGGAGAAGACAAGAAGGACGAGGGAGAAGACAAGAAGGACGAGGGAGACGACAAGAAGGACGAGAAAGGAGAUGAUGAAGGUGAAGAUAAGAAGAACGAGGGAGGGGACAAGAAGGACGAGGGAGACGACAAGAAGGACAAGAAAGAUGACAAGAAGGACAAGAAAGAUGACAAUAAAGAGGGCGAAGAGGAGGUCGCCGGUGAAGCAUCAACAUGGGGCGGCACGGGAGGCGGCUUUUCUCUCGACGACGGGACCGAUCACUUCACAAAGGAUUCACCACCAACGUCAGCAUCAAAGUGCAACAUCCGUCGCAGGAGGAACUAG